UUAGCGCAGCAGCUCGUAGUUUAGCUUCGCUUUCUCCGGGUGAAUGUUGUUCUUCCGCGUGCUCCUGCGGCUCUGCGCAGUGUGUGUCUGCGGAGCUCCGCCCUCCCUGCGCACUGCGGCCCGCCCAGCGCCCGCUAACUCCCGCUCCAGCCCUGCCCGAGUCUGGGGGAAUCCGACGGCCUGCCUGCCCGGGGAAAAUCUGGAGGCCGCCCCGCGCGCUGAUCUAUGACAUUCCAGAUUAAUGGUUUGUGUUGCUGUGUUAGUUGUGCCGUGGCCAAUGAAGAAUAAAGACGAUGAAUGAGGAGGUGACAAGGCUUGCUCUGCGUUCCCAAGAGCCAAAGAUUAUUCUGCAUGGCUCAGGUGUGUGUGUUGUCACAGAUGAAGGCGGAGCUGGGGGGGAGGAGGAGUACGUGGUGGAGCUGCAGGAGACGGUGCUGGUGUCAGAGGUGGAGGGCCAGGCCGCCUCCGUCCAGGGCUUCUCCUCCGACGAGCUCGUCAUCCAGGACGCAGUGGAGGAUGUGGUCGCCGAGUACGUGCACUGUGACGAUGACGAGGGUGUUGCUGUGGAGACCUGUGUGAUGUCACUGGAGGAAGAGGAGGAUGGUGUUGCCAUGGCAGAGAUGACGGAGGAUGUUCUGGUGACGGAGGGGAGGGAUGCUGAGCACGACUCGGACGGCUGCGGAGAUUACCUCAUGAUCUCCUUGGACGAGGCGGGGAAGAUGGUGUCUGGAGACGGAGACGAGGUGACCGUCGAGGGGGCGAUAGAUGACCAGGAAGUGGAGAAGGACGAGGACGGACAGGAAGUCAUUAAAGUUUACAUCUUUAAAGCAGACUCUGGAGAAGACGACCUCGGAGAGCCGGUGGAUCUGGCUGAGCCUGUGGUUCGUCCGCUCCGAGAGAAGAUGGUCUACAUGUCUGUGGGAGACGCUCAUCACACACAGACUGAUGGCGGCUCUAAGCUCUCGGACGAGGUGUACAUGGAGGUGGUGGUGGGAGGAGAGGAGCCGGUUCCUCACGACAGACCGUAUGACAGCACGGCCCUCAGCAAGGACUUCAUGCCCGUCGCGUGGGCCGCUGCAUAUGGUGCAGAUGAAGGCUGUGAGAACCGUAAUGGAGCAGCGAGCGCAUUACUGCACAUUGACGAGUCAGAUGCACUGGACAAACUCACCCGGCAACACGGCAAGAACAAGAGACGAGCUGAACCCCGACAGGUCCAGACAGCGAUCAUCAUCGGUCCAUACGGACAGCCUCUGACCGUCUACCCCUGCAUGCUGUGCGGUAAGAAAUUCAAAUCCCGCGGAUUCCUUAAGCGCCACACUCGCAACCACCACCAAGACUUGUUGAGUCGCAAAAAGUACCAGUGCACGGACUGCGACUUCACCACCAACAAAAAGGCCAGCCUGCACAACCACAUGGAGGUGCACGCGCUCAGCAACAAAGUGCCGUUCGAAUGCGAGUCCUGCGGUAAGGAGUUCCACCAGCAGGCGGCGCUGUUCUCGCACCGUCUCCAGCACCACCAACAGGAGCAGAAAUCACCCACGGCCAUCUCGUCGCCUCUUUCUCCCGCCGCUGCGACCAAGACGCACAAAUGCAAGUUUUGCGAUUAUGAGACUGCCGAGCAAGGGCUGCUCAAUCGCCACCUGCUGGCCGUGCACAGUAAGAGCUUUCCGCACAUUUGCGUGGAAUGCGGCAAGGGUUUCCGCCAUCCGUCGGAGCUAAAGAAACACAUGCGCACGCACACCGGCGAGAAGCCGUACUCGUGCAUGUACUGCGAUUACAAAUCGGCCGACUCGUCCAAUCUGAAGACGCACGUGAAGACUAAGCACAGUCGCGAGCUGCCUUUCCACUGCGAGCGCUGCGGCCAAACCUUCAGUGAGGAGGACGAGCUGACUCAGCAUGCAUCCACACAUGAGGACGCUCGGGGACACCAGUGCAGUCACUGCGACCAUCGCAGCUCCAACUCGAGCGACCUUAAACGGCACGUCAUUUCCGUGCACACUAAAGACUACCCGCAUAAAUGCACCGUCUGCGGGAAAGGCUUCCACCGGCCGUCCGAGCUUAAGAAACACUCGGCGUUGCAUAAAGCCAAAAAACUGCACCAAUGCCGCCACUGCAACUUCAAGAUCGCAGACCCGUUCGUUCUCAGCCGCCAUAUCUUGUCUGUUCACACUAAGGAGCAGCAACAGCAGGCACAGUCGCCGACUCCGCCCAUACAGGCGUCGCCACCACAAGCCCCUCCCACAGAAAAGCCCACCCCCAAGAGGACUAUAGGUGCGGCGCAGUUAGCAGCACCCGCUGUAAAGAAAGCCGGUGGUUCGAAGGGUCCACGAGAAAGGAGGGUGUAUCAGUGUCAGUAUUGCGACUACAGCACAGGAGACGCGUCUGGCUUCAAAAGACACGUUAUUUCCAUCCAUACUAAGGACUAUCCUCACCGCUGUGAGUACUGUUCGAAGGGCUUCCGGAGACCUUCAGAGAAAAACCAGCACAUUAUGAGACACCAUAAAGACCUGGUGCCGGCAGAUUGAGCACUUCCCUUUUUCUCAAUGCACACUAAACAGCCAGUGAUUGAGAUCACCAUCCUUCAUGUUGGUAACCUCUGUAUUGAGCUUCUCACCAAGCCCCUCAUGCAAAGCAGUUGUGAAAGUUGUGUUUGUAUGCGAGAGAAAAUUGUUGAAAGUGUUUAGUGACUUAGACUGGAAGUGCUUUCACAUUGCUUAUGUUCACAUGGUCUGCAGUCUUAAAGGAACAGUUCAGCCUGAAAUGACAUUUCUGUCAUCGUUUAUUCACCCUCUUGUCUUUGUCUUCUGCUAAAGUUGUCAGGCAAACUGA